AUGGAGCGAUGGCGCGAAUUUUACGUGCCGCCAAAGAGCAAUACCCCUUGGGCAUUAGGAAGAGAGAAUCUGAAGAAGUUUGUAUCCCCAAUGUCAAAACUCGACCGGCAUUUUAAGACAGCCGAAUAUGGUCGAUCCUGUCAUGGCAGUAGAGGCAAUUAUCCUCCUUCACCGUCGGUAGAAGAUGAAAAUGUUUCGUUGGCAAGAGAGCAUUUAUCGGUUUUGCGCUGUUCAGAUCCACCGCAUCGCGGCUCAAUCGAUCAAAAUCCUAUCAUCAUCGAGGUUAAUGUUAUCAAAAAAAAAUCAUGCAACUUCUCUGAGACUAUUAAUUCGAAGGAGAAAUCGAAGCGAAUGAAAAAUACUGACAAAAAUACGAGAAACAGCAAAUCUCAGGACAAGGAUGCUGGAAUUCCAAAAGAAAAUUCCCGCAGCACAUCAGGACAAACUUCAGCUCGGCAUAAAAAGUCAGACCACAAAAAGCUGCCAGCCUUAUCCGUAUCGGGUUCAGUAGAGGGAAAUUUCCUGUCCCAGCGAGGAGACCUUUCACCUGUGACUGAUCCCCAAGUUAAGGAGCCAAAUAUUUCAUCCCAGCGAGGACACUCCUCACCCGUGGCUCAAUCCAAACCUCAGGACUCUACCCACUCCCCUUGGCAAAGAGAACCUCCACUAGUGACUAAAACUAAAGCUGCAGACUCAACUCUCCCGUCUCAGCAAAGGGAGUUGUCACCUGUGACUAAUUCUAGGGUUCCAAACUACACUCUUCCUUCUAGGCAAAAGGACCCUUCACAUGUAGGUCAUUCUAGAACCCAGGACUCGGAAUUUUUACCCCGGCGAAGGGAACCUUCACCUGUAGCUUAUUCCAAUAUUCAGGAUUCUACUCAUUCAAACCGGCCAAGAGACUCUUCACCCGUGACUAAUUCUAGGGCCCCAGACUACACUCGUCCUUCUAGGCAAAAGGACCCUUCACCCGUAGCUCAUUCUAGAACCCGGGACUCGGCAUUUCCAUCCCAACGAAGAGAAAUCUCUCCUGUGUCUCAUUCUAGAAUACAGGAAUCAGCUAUUCCGUCUCGACGAGUAGACUCUUCGCCUGUGACCAAUCCCAGAGUUCCAGACUACAAUCUUCCAUCUAGGCAAAAGGAUCCUUCACCUGUAGGUCAUUCUAGAACCCAGGACUCGGAAUUUUUACCCCGGCGAAGGGAACCUUCACCUGUAGCUUAUUCCAAUAUUCAGGAUUCUACUCAUUCAAACCGGCCAAGAGACUCUUCACCCGUGACUAAUUCUAGGGCCCCAGACUACACUCUUCCUUCUAGGCAAAAGGACCCUUCACCCGUAGCUCAUUCUAGAACCCGGGACUCGGCAUUUCCAUCCCAACGAAGAGAAAUCUCUCCUGUGUCUCAUUCUAGAAUACAGGAAUCAGCUAUUCCGUCUCGACGAGUAGACUCUUCGCCUGUGACCAAUCCCAGAGUUCAAGACUCGAAUUUUCCUUCUCGGCUGAAGGAAUCUUUGCCAGUGGCUCAUUCUAGAAGACAGGACUCCACCCUUCCAUCUAGGCGGAAAGAAUCUUCUCCCGUAACUAACUCCCGAGUUCAAGGCUCUACAUUUUCGUCUUGGCAAAGGGAAUCUUCACCAAUGACCAGUAACAAAGAUCCGGAUUACAUUCUUCCAUCCAGACGCAGAGAACCCUCGCCUGUUAUUAAUCCCAAUACACCGGAAUCCACCAUCCCACCCCGGAAAAGAGAAGCUUCACCUGUAUCUCAUUCUAGGACACAUGACUCCAUUCCUCCGCCUCGCAGAAGAGAAGCUUCACCUGUAUCUCAUUCUAGAACACAUGACUCCAUUCCUCCGCCUCGCAGAAGAGAAUCUUCACCUGUAGCUCACCCUAGAGCGCAUGACUCACACUUUUUGUACCGACGAAAAGAUUCUUCACCCGUGAAUAAUUCUAAAGCUUCAGACUCAAUCUUUCCGUCUCGGCGACAGGAGCCUUCACCUGUAGCUUACAGCAAAUCUCAAGACACUCAUGUCCAGUCCAGGAGAAGAGAAGCAUCACCCAUAUCUCAUUCUAGAAUACAGGACUCUAAUCCUCUAUUUCGACAAGGAGACUCUCAGGCGGCAAUCAAGCCCAAAGCACAGGAAUCUACUCACUUAAAUCGGCGAAGGGAACCUUCACCCAUGGCCCAUAGACUUCAGGACCCAGCCCUUAAAGUUGUCAACUCAUGUAAAAAUGACCAGAAGCAUUGGAAUAAUCCAUCCAAUCAAUCUCGAAGCGGUAAAAAUACACCACCUGAGCUAACUCCAGAAAUUUCAGAGAAAAAUCAUUCCAGACGACGCACAGGCACACUUGUGCCAGAGAAACCAAGUCGUGGAAAUUCGCCAUCUCCUCCAGGCAACCGUUGCGCAAAAGUUCAAAUUAUUGAGACUUGCCAGACUCGUGGACGCCGUGUUCAAAAUGAACAUAUCAGACAAAGGCAGCCCUCAGAAAGUUCUAUCACUAGCAGAGCAGAAAGAUGUACAUCGACUCACUCGGUUCGAUUCGCCCAUGACGUGGAUACUGAUCAGCAACACAGAAGAAGAUAUGAUGUUAGCAGCGAUGAAGAUAAUUCCAACUUUGUAGAAAUUAUAAAGAACUCACGAUACCGUCCACAAAAUCGUAUUAGGGAAGAAAGCAGACAUAGAUCCUCCUCUAAAAGUAUCAAGACCCUUCGUGAUACAAAGUCAGUUUCCAGGCUAAACUCACCAUUAUCGUCCCCAAGUGCUCCAUCAAGUCCAGCUUUCAUGAAAGAACGAACGUGCCAACUACCUGCUUGGAAGCUUAAACAGAAAUUUCAGAACGAUCCAUCACGAUCUCCUUCUCCAUUCUCUCCAGAAAGACAGCUAUACCGAACAGAUAAACGAAGUCCAGUAACUACACUUAAGAUGCGGCGAUUGCGAUCCCCAGUCUCUGAUAGGUUUGAAAACCAAACUGAAGCUUCUAAGCGAGGAAUAGCCUCCUUUGAAAAGGUAUUAACGCAACCAUUAUCGCCAUAUCUUCCACCAUUAUCACUCCAACCUUUAGCCGCAAGUUAUCCAUUCGACGAUUAUUUUCAAUCAUCAGAUAACUUUGAUCAUAAAUACACCAUUCCCGUGCCCUUACCUCCUUGUCCAAGAAUGGAGUUUGUUGAAGGCCGAAACGAUUGGUUGACAUUGCCUCAUUGUCCCAACUUCGAUGUCUGCCCGUCAUGCUUUGAUAUGUCGAUUGCACCGACAGAGUUUAAUCAAUUCUUUGUACCAUCUCCUCGAAAUGAACCAGGUGUUAGGGUCUUAUGCGACUUUGGAAAAUCACCUUGGUUUCGAAUUGCUUGGCUCAUGAUUAUCACAGAAAACUUAGGAAGUCUCGACUUAUUUCACGAGCUGGCAAAUAUCGCAGAAACCUUACCUGAAUGCCUUGGUGAGCAUGAGACUGUGCGGCAAUGGUGCUCGAUUGUCAAUACACGAACAGGAGUCCCAAUUCGUGGCUUUAAAGUCUGUCUAACUUGUGUGAAGAAUGUUGAAAUUCUCUUGCCGAUUCUUCAUGGCAUGUUUGUCUAUCUUGACUCUUACAACGCUGAAACUGGAAUAUGUGCCCUUAGAUCGAAUAGUAGGCGUUUCGUACAGUACUUCGAUGAACUAGAGAAAAUAGCCGUGGAGGCAAACACUGAAGGGGCUCCCCCUGAUCCACAUUCGCUCGAAAGGCUGGCACUUCAUUUUGAUACCUUUGAAGAAUGUCAGCUUGACACCGAGCUUUUUGAUUGCCAUUGGCAUAUAAUACCCCAAUUACCCGAAUUUACCGUCUGUGGUGAAUGCUUCAAUGCAGUAGUUUGGCCGCUACUUGAAGAGGGUAGAGAUAUUCCCAAGAUGUUUUCUGAAGACGUCCACCUAGUUUCUAGGGCGAGCUGUCAAUUAUAUAGUCCGUACAUGAGAGAUGCAUUUCUUCUUGCGGUUACUCAUAAUGACUACUGGAUGCUUGCCUCCAUCGCUAGGCAAAGAAGAGAAGCUGAAUUGGCCUUCAAAGCUGAUAACAUGGGCGUAAGACGGAUGAAGCAUAUAGGUUGGGAGGCAGAAAAUGAAGCAGGGCCAAUGGAAGUGUGGAAAUCUUGGGAAUAA